AUGACAAGGUUUAACAAAGAAAGACUUCAAAUACCCGACCUUCACAUCACAGCGGCUAUCUCCGCCCUCACUUACGCCAUAAGAUGUGAAGCUUUCAAGAUGUCCUUAUCAAAGACCCCGCCGCAGACAGUGACCGAGCUCCUCACCCGAGCUAAAAAAUACAUUAAUAUGGAGGAAACACUGAAUCCAAGGAGACCUGGUCCUUUCUAUGAAAAGGCCGAGAACAAGAAACAACAUUAUCCCGUUUCUCGGCCUGAAUAUCCUAGGGAAAAGCGCAAGAAUGAAGGUCCUCCAGGGCCCCUCACCCGAUUAAACACAUCCAAGGCAAAUAUCUUAAUUGAGAUCAAAGAUAUGAAAGAAUUAAAGUGGCCUUCAAGAAUGAAGUCGCCCCCUGACACAAGAGAUAGGAGCAAAUAUUUCCUCAUUAAAAGAGGACUCUUAAGGAAUUACAUUGGUCAUGAUAAACGCCCGAGGAAUGACCGUGGCAAUCAGAAAGAGCCUGGAGCCGGAAGCAGUGCUCAACCCACUGCCGGGACCAUUAAUGUUAUCAUUGGAGGCAUAGCAUCUAGAGGAGACACAAAUAGUGGGCGAAAGCAAUAUGCCCGCCAACAUGCUCAUACCUCAAAGGAAUCCCACGAUAAACUUGAAGACAUUACCUUUGGAGCAAGAGAUUUGGAAGGAGUAUCAUAUCCUCAUGAUGAUGCCUUGGUCGUCUCUGCAAUUGUGGCUAACUUUGAAGUAAAGAGGAUUUUGGUUGAUAAUGGAAGUGCAGCAAACAUACUAUCACAGGAGGCUUUCGCUAAAAUGGGGCUCUCUCCCAAACAGCUCAAAGCAGUAAAAACUCCUCUACAGGGAUUUGGUGGUAGAGUCAUUAUCCCUGAGGGCAUCAUCGAGCUAUCGCUUACAUUAGGUUCUAGUAAUACACAAGUGACGGAGAUCACACCAUUCCAAGUGGUUAAUACCCCUAUGGCUUACAACAUCAUUCUCGAAAGGCCCCUACUAAAUAAGAUCCAGACUAUUGUAUCCACUUUCCACCUGGCCAUGAAGGUCCCAACAGGCCAUGGCAUUGGAACUGAGCUCAAGCCAAGAAGUAAACUUGCCCCGGUUGAGGAAUUGGAAGUGACCGAGCUCGAGCACGAAAAAACGGUAACUAUUGGUCGGGAUCUCAAGGCCAGCCUCUGGGAGAAAGUCAUCAAUUGUCUAUCCCGCAACAUCGAUAUUUUUGCAUGGAAGGUUAAGGAUAUGCCAGGGAUAGACCCUGAAGUAGCUGUCCAUAGACUCAAUAUAAGCUCAGGGCCCAAACCUGUUAAGCAAAGGAAGAAGCAGUUUGCGUCGGAAGACGUGUGGUCAUUUAGGAAGAGGUCGGCAAACUG